AUGGAAGCUAUUGAACGCGGUCAUAUACAUGUUAAUGGUGUUGCAUUUGCUGAUAGUGAACAAGGUCCAAUAACACUUUAUGAUGCAUUUUCAUUAGGUUUAAUAAAUCGUCGUGAUGGUGGUAAACUAAAUCCAGCUAAAAUGACUUUAUAUCGUGCACGAUUAGUUGAAUCAAAAUUACAUCGUAUGAAUGUUGAAGAUGCUAUACGUUGUGGUUUACUUAAUCUUCGUACGGGUCUUUAUAAACAUCCACAUAGUGGUGAACAAUUAAAUUUAAAAGAAGCUAUACAACGUGGUUUAAUUGAUGGACAAAGUACUGUUAUUGAAAAUCCAUCAACAGGUCGUUAUAUGACAUUAAAAGAUGCAUUAGAUGGUAUACGUAUUGAUAAUGAUGGACAAGUUAUUGAUUCAUAUUCAAAUAAAGUUAUAACAACAUUAGAAGUAGCAUAUAAUCAUAGAAAAUUAUUUUCACAAUUUGAUGUUAAUGCUGGUGAAAUAUUUCUUCCAUCACAAAAUGAAUCAAUUGGUUUUGAAAAAGCUGUACGAAAAAAUUUACUUGAUAAUAAUCGUAUAAAAUUAUUUGAUCCUAAAACUAGUCGUGAAUAUACUAUACAAGAUGCUAUUGAACGUGGUUUAAUUGAUCAUGAAUCAGGUUUAAUAUAUGAUACACGUUCUCGUACAACAUAUUCAAUACGUGAAGCUAUACGUCAUGGUAUUAUAACUAUUGUUGGUGCACCACUUGUACCAAUUAAAGCUGAUCAUGAAACAGUUGCAGCAAAAAUAACAUCAAGAAAUCAUCGACGACAUUCAUUAGCUAAAAGUUCAUUACAUUUUGAUUAUAAUAGUGCACCUGAUUCAGCUGAUGAAGAUUCACAUGCUAGUUCUGGUUGGCAUCGUAUAACAUCAAAAAAUCGACCUAGUAGUCCAUUAAGUACAGGUGGUAAACGUAGUAUUCGUCGGCGUACUGGUUCAAGUCCAUCAAGAAAUAAUAAUACUAAUCGUUUUACAUGUCGUGAUGAUGAUUGGAGAACAGGAUGGAAAGGAGGUCAUAAAGAUGAUGAUGAUGAUGUAUUUGGUGGUGGCGGCGGAUCGAAACGUACUGGUGGUAAUUCAUAUUAUACAAGUUCAACAACAACAACAACUCGU